ACACACACAGCGAGGAAACCAGCUGCCAGACACUAUACACAGUGUGAUCAGUUAUAAAGUCACUGUGUAUAACUUUAUUCUUAUUUUCUUAUCAUGGAUAUUUUGGAGAAGCAGCUGAUUUGUCCAAUUUGCCUGGAAAUCUUUACAAAACCGGUUGUGAUUCUGCCAUGUCAACACAACCUCUGCCGGAAAUGUGCAAAUGACAUAUUUCAGUCAUCAAAUCCAUACCUUCCCACCAGAGGAGGAACAGUCACUUCAGGUGGCCGUUUCAGAUGCCCAUCCUGCAGGCAUGAGGUUGUUCUGGACCGCCAUGGGGUUUAUGGACUACAGAGGAAUCUGUUGGUGGAAAACAUCAUUGAUAUGUACAAACAGGAGUCCACCAGCAGCAAACCUGCUCCACAGAGCACAGAUGACCAGCCCAUGUGUGAGGUGCAUGAGGAUGAGAAGAUCAACAUCUACUGCUUGACCUGCAGCACCCCUACCUGCUCCAUGUGCAAGGUGUUCGGCGCUCACAAGGACUGUGAAGUGGAACCUCUCAAAAGUGUAUAUCAAGUUCAGAAGACAGAGCUGACAGACAGCAUAGCAAUGAUGAUGGGAAACCAAGACAUGACCCAAGGCAUCAUUAGUCAGCUGGAGGAGACCUGCCACGCCAUAGAGGAGAAUGGCAGGAGGCAAAAGUCGCAGCUGUGUGAGAAGUUCGACCAUCUCUAUGCCAUCAUGGAGAACAGAAAAACGGAGAUGAGUCUUAAAGUGAUGGCCAAGCAGGAGGAGAAGCUGAACUACAUCCGCAGACUCAAAAGGAAGUACGAAGAUCAUGUGGAGACCGUGACCAAGAUCGUGGAGUCAGGGAUUCAAACGAUGGAGGAACCUGAGAUGGCUGUUUUCUUACAGGCUGCAAAACCAUUGUUACAAAAGAUGAUCGAGGCCACAAAUACGUCCCACUUGGAAAAAGUGGCUUAUGGCUACGAGAACAUGGACCAUUACCGUGUUGACUUCAAGAAAGAACAUAUAGCUCUAAAUGCUAUAAACUUCAUCACAGAUGAGGAUGAGGAAGAGGAAGAUGAAGCUGUAGUGGAAGAGGAGAAGGAUGUCCACAAAGACCUGGCUCCUUCAGGAGGAGAAAAUACAGGGUUGCUAAGCAGCCAACCCGCUCCUCUUCCUCUUCCUCCAGAUCGAGUCCAAAACGCCAGCUCAUAGCUCACCAGCGUCAGAAUUUGUUGCAAUUCAGGAGCUUGAUUUGUAUGAAAAAAAAGGAAACAACGGCUAAUUUGGUGUGUGAGGGGUGUGGUUAAUGUUUUUUUUAAAUAUAUUAUAUUUACUAGAACAGAUGAAAUUUGAUUAUUACAGUAAAUGUGUUAAAGUUUAGGCACCUAUAAGUGUAAUUACUGUAUAUGCAGAAGUGACAUCAUCUACAACCAUAGAAUUUACACUGUUUGACCUUUUGCUAUGGUGAUACAUGAAACAGUCAGACAAACUGUGAAUAAAAAUCACCCAGUACAAAAGACAAUUUACUGAAGGAGAAAGGACGAGCUGCUUUUAUCUUGGUGAAAGUGACUAGUGAAUCCACAAGCUUCAGCCUUGUGAGCCAACUGGGAACAAUAAAGCAGGACAGUGGUCUCUUUGCUUGGUAAAAAAAAAAAUAAUAAUUAGGACUUGUCUUUUUGUUUUUAAAUGCUCCAGUCAUGUCCAUUAACAUACUGUAUGCUAUUUUUUUUCUUUUGGCCUGAUAGUAUUUUUUUGUUUGCACUUCUAAACAACACAUGCUUCACAAAUAACUGAAUUUUUCUUCUUUUUUUAAAUCAAAAAAGUUAAAUAU